GUGAUCUCAUUUGCUAGAAGCAGCGCUGGAAUGUGUUCGCUGCGGAGCGUGCGGGACGGGGAGGAAUGCCUUGACCACGCCCCCUCCUCCCGGCCGUCCAAUCAGAAAGGAUAGACAGUUUCAAGGCACCCGCGGAGUCCCAACCGUAGAAAAACAAAACCUCGGAUAACAACAAAACUCAUAUUUUACAUUUAACUACGCGGUGGAAUCGGGUUUUCAACAUUGAAACCUGCUCUAGGUGCCAAUUCUCGGUGUUUUUCGUCGCUCUUUGAGGCCUUUCGGGCGAUGUUGUUUAUCUGUAGUAAGGGGGGGCUUGAAACCGCCCUCCCUUGCCCCAUUUCCUCGGUUGUUUUCCUUCCCUCGCCUGGAUUCUCCAUGUUGUUGGUGCAAAAGUGAGGACUUAGCUGCGACGGGAGAGGGGGGCUGCUCGGCGAUAUUACCAGUAAUAGUAGCGGUAAACCCGAGACGACGGAGCGGACAGAGACUCAAAUAGCCUCCCAAAAAACAUAUCCAAGUGCCUUGCCCCCUCCCCAGGCGGACCUCCGAGAGAAGAAGAAGAAGAAGAAGAAGAAGAAGAAGGAGAAGCGGCGGGGGGAAUAAAGAAACCCAGGAACAAGACAAAUCCCACUCUCAUCGAGGAUCGUAACUGAGGCGGAUGACAAGUUACCUCGGUGAAUAAUUGAGUCGACUUGUCAAUAAAACCCAAUGAGGGAUGCCCAUCAGUGCUCGGGGACAGGAUUUGAGGAUUUUGAGGGCUCCGUGAUUGUCAGAUGGAAAGUUCUGUUAUCACCCAAGUGCAGAAAGAAGACGUUCAAGUGUCACCGAAAACAGGCCAGGUGAGCCGGUCUGCCCUAAAACAGCCUCGGAGUUGUAACAUCUUCAAAGCGCUCUUCUGUUGCUUCCAAGCUCAGGAUGGCCCUAAACCACCACCACCACUACCACCACCUUCCCAGCAGGCCUUGCUGGAUUCACAGGAAAAUGGGACGGUUGUCAAGCAAUCUGAACCCAGCCUCCUGCCUGAGGUGAAGGCCCAGGACCAAGGGAAGAUAUGCGUGGUCAUAGACCUGGAUGAGACUCUGGUGCACAGCUCAUUCAAGCCUAUUAGUAAUGCAGACUUCAUCGUGCCUGUGGAGAUAGAGGGGACCACACACCAGGUGUAUGUACUGAAGAGGCCGUAUGUGGAUGAGUUCCUGCAAAGAAUGGGAGAGUUAUUUGAAUGUGUGCUGUUUACAGCCAGUCUCGCUAAGUAUGCAGACCCUGUGACGGACCUGCUGGAUCAGUGUGGUGUUUUCCGGGCUCGGUUAUUCCGGGAAUCUUGUGUAUUCCAUCAGGGCUGCUAUGUCAAAGACUUGAGCCGCCUGGGCCGAGAUCUCCACAAAACCCUCAUCCUGGAUAACUCUCCUGCCUCCUACAUCUUCCACCCUAACAAUGCUGUUCCUGUGGUGUCUUGGUUUGAUGAUGUGGAAGAUGCUGAGCUGCUCAACCUUCUGCCUGUCUUUGAAGAACUUAGUCAAGCUGAUAACGUUUACACCAGGCUGGACCAGCUUCGUGGACAUUAAUCUCUCAAGGGACCUGCUCAGCCCCUGUUAGAGCUCCAGCUUGAAACCUCUUCAGCUACAAUAGAAUCGUAUAUUGAGAAUAGAAUGCUAGAGUUUCCAGAUGUUGUUCUCCUAGCCUCUGCACAAAAUCCUCUGUUUAGAAAAGUGUAUUAGCAUGGGGUUAAGGAAAUUCCAAGCUUGGAAAACACAAUGUCUUUGGCGCAAUCGAAACUAUAGAUCGGAAUCUGAGGCCUUUUCUCUGAACCUCAGUGCUGACAAUAUUGACAACCACUAUUUGAAAGUAAUAUGAGACAGACGGGAAACAACAACCAAAGCAGUCCCAUCACUAUCACUCCAGUUAGUAUGAAUAUUAAAAUGGUUCUUUUGCCAAAGCAGAAGCCUGCCUGCCCUGACUUGACUUUUGGACAUUGUGUUUUUUUAUUAUUGUGCCUUUAAGGAACAACAAAAAAACAUCAGCCCUUUUUUUAAAUUUCCACCAGAUUUUAUACAUUUAUUGAUUUCUUUUUAUAGGUUGUUUUAUAAGGAAAUCUAUUUUUAAAUGGUGAACAUGGUUCUUCUAUGCAACCCAGUUCUGUAAUUACAUGGACAGUACCUCUUGAGUAGACAGUCAAUAAUUGCAUUCAGCAGAUGUAAACAUAACUGUAGCCUUAUUUACCUGUAAAUGAGCAGCAAAACAAAAGUGUAUUUUAGUUACUUGUAUUGUAACCAUAAAACAUGCAAAUAUACAUCAUUAGUGGUCAGACUGAUAUGAUACUUUUGGUUAUAUGUUAAGUAAACAGGGCGAAAUCUGGUCUUUGAUGGAUCCGUUGAAAGCAGACACACUGGAAUAUGUUGGCACAUAGGACCAUAAACGCCACAGUUUUCAGUCAAGGUUUAAUAAUAGUUCAUUUGUUCAUAUGUUUUUUCUUUUAUUACUAUAUGACAAACAACUUGCACUUGUUUUAUAUUGACAGUGCUGAAAGUAAAAACUGUGCCUUUGAAAUUCGGACAGAGAAUGGUGUUCUGCCUGAACAGAGAUUUGUAGGCCUACACACUCUGAUGUGUCAUGCUGAGCGUGAGAAAACACUGUCAAGAGCAAGUGUAAUGCCAUGUGGCUGUGGUACUUGCAGUGCAACACUUGAAAAUAUCAAAUUUGAUUUUUUUUUUUUUACAUGUAUGAGUGUUUUUUCUGUAUUUAUUGGCCAAAAACCUGUAUUGUCCAGUAUUUCUUAAUGCUUAACAUUUUGUAUUGUAGUCCAUUUGCCAACUUUGAGGCUGGCCUUGCGUUUGACUGUUUUAUCUGUGCCUAAAUAACAAACAUUUUGCUGUCGAAGUUCAUGGAUAAUUCAAAAACUUAAGCAGUUAAAUCAAAUAGAUGUAAAUCCAAGAUUCAAUCAUGCAAGAACACAUUUUUUUCAUUUGAAAAUUCAUUACAACAUAUAUUUUGUGGGGUUAUGUUUCCUGGGUAAUAUGGUUUUUCUAUGAUGUUUAAUGCCUGAUGCAAUUAUUGCCUGCAUGUUGACUAGUAAAAUAUGACAAUGAAAAUUUACCAGUUGUGAUGACCAAAAGUACUUGUUUAGACAGUCACAAUUUGUCUUUGUGUAUCAGAAUAAAUCAAAAACUCAUUUUGUCUACCUGAUUUGACCAAAACUCUAAAAGACAAGGUGCUACCAAUUUUUAUUUUAAAAUAAAAAUUGGUUAUAUUUUA